AUGAUAGCUUUCGUGUACAUCGCCUUCCUGGUUGCCGUGUUCCUGCUCAAGUCAGAUCGCAUUCACAAAGCCAUUGAGAUAUGCAAGGAAUGUUUGAUUUUGCUAAAUAACACCGAUCAAAACAGCAAAGACCAACUUAAUUCACUACUGCUACAAUUUUACAGCGCCUUCAAUUUACUUCUUUUCAACACUUAUGUUCAUAUCUCUGACUAUAAAAGUGCGGAAAGAUACGGCAGGAAACUGCUUGUCUUAUACUGCGAGUCUGGCGACUUAGUAAGAGAGGGAUAUGUAAGCAUAGCUCUAGCAGAGAUUGUUGAGGGUCAAAACAGGUUUACAGAUGCCAAACAACUUUACGAAAAAGCAGUUAAUAUAAAGAGACAAACUGGUGAACAAAUUGGUGAAGCACGCGCCUGCACAAGUUUGGGAAUUAUGUUUUAUAGACUUGGCGAAAACCUAAAAGCGAAGGAGUUUGUUGAGAGGGCCCUUGCCAUAACAACCGAAAUUGGCGACAGAAGAGGAGAAGCAUCCUGUUACAGAAACCUAGGAGUGUUGCUUCAGUCGCUCGGGGAAUGCGACAAGGCUAAAGAGUAUCUCCAGAAAGCGCUUGUCAUCAGAACUGAAAUUGGCGACAGAGAAGGAGAAGCAGCUGACUACGGGAACCUAGGUGCUGUGUUUACGUCGUUAGGGCAAUAUGACAAUGCUAAAGAGUAUCUCCAAAAAGCACUUGUCCUCAGCACUGAAAUUGGCGACAGAGAAGGAGAGGCAUCAUGUUACGGAAACCUAGGUACUGUGUUUAAGUCACUCGGGCAAUACGACAAUGCUAAAGAGUACCUUCAAAAAGCGCUUGUCAUCAGAACUGAAAUUUGUGACAAAGAAGGAGAGGCAUCAUGUUAUAGAAACCUAGGAUCUGUAUUUAAGUCGCUCGGGCAAUACGACGAUGCUAAAGAGUAUCUUCAAAAAUCGCUUGUCAUCUCAACUGAGAUUGGCGACAAAAAAGGAGAAGCAGCUGACUACGUAGACCUAGGUGCUGCGUACAUGUCGCUCGGGCAAUACGACAAGGCUAGAGAGUAUUUUCAAAAAACCAUAGUUAUCGCAGCUGAGAUUGGCGACAAAAAAGGAGAGGCAUCAUGUUAUGAAAUCCUAGGUACUGUAUUUGACUUGCUCGGGCAAUACGACAAGGUUAAAGAGUAUCUUCAAAAAGCGCUUGUCAUCAGAACUGAGAUUGGCGUCAGAAAAGGAGAGGCAUCAUGUUAUGCAAUCCUAGGUAACGUGUUUAAAUCGCUCGGGCAAUACGACAAGGCUAAAGAAAAUCUUCAAAAAGCGCUUGUCAUCAGAACCGAGAUUGGCGACAGAAAAGGAGAGGCAUUAUGCUAUGAAAACCUAGUUGUAGUAUGUAAGUUGCGAUUUCAAUACCACAAGGCUGAAGAGCAUCUCCUAAGAGUGCUUGCCAUCAGAACUGAGAUUGGCGACAGAAGAGGAGAGGCAACAUGUUAUGGAAACCUAGGUACUGUGUUUUUGUCGCUCGGGCAAUACGAAAAGGCUAAAGGGUAUCUCCAAAAAGCGCUCGCCAUCACAACUGGGAUUGGCAACAGAAAAGGAGAGGCAGCAUGUUAUGGAAACCUAGGUAAUGUGUAUAUGUUGCUCGGGCAAUACGACAAGGCUAGAGAGUAUCUCCAAAAAGCGCUCGCCAUCACAACUGGGAUUGGCGACAGAAAAGGAGAGGCAACAUGUUAUGGAAACCUAGGUAAUGUUUUUAAGUCGCUCGGGCAAUACGACAAGGCUAAAGAGUAUCUUCAAAAAGGGCUUGUCAUCGCAAUUGAGAUUGGCAACAGAAAAAGAGAGGCAUCAGGUUAUGGAAGCCUAGGUAUUGUAUUUAAGUCGCUUGGGCAAUACGACAAGGCUAAAGAGUAUCUUCAAAAUGCGCUUAUCAUCAGAACUAAGAUUGGCGACAGAGAAGGGGAAGCAGCUGACUACGGAAACCUAGGUACUGUAUAUAUGUCGCUCGGGCAAUACAACAAUGCUAAAGAGUAUCUCCAAAAAGCGCUUGUCAUCAGAACUGAAAUUGGCGACAAAAAAGGAGAAGCAGCUGACUACGGAAACCUAGGUACUGUGUAUAUGUCGCUCGGGCAAUGCGACAAGGCUAAAGAGUAUCUUCAAAAAGCGCUCGUCAUCAGAACUGAGAUUGGCGACAGAAAAGGAGAGGCAUCAUGUUAUGGAAACUUAGGUAAUGUAUUUGAGUUGCUCAGGCAACACGACAAGGCUAAAGAGUAUCUACAAAAAGCACUUAAUAUCACAACUGAAAUUGGUGAUAAGCAAGGGGAGGCAGCAGAUCUUGCAAAUCUUGGAGUUACGUACAGAUCUGCUGGAGAUUAUGAAGUUUCCGAAGUGUGCUUGGAGAAAGCUUUAUCCAUAUCCAGAGAAAUUGGAGAUAGAAGACAAGAGUUCCAAAUUCUUCAAGAUUAUGCCAUUUUGUAUUUAUUUCAAAAUAAAAUCAAAGACUCCCUUUCGUUUCUUCAACUGUGCAUUGAAAGGUAUGAGGAGCUGAGAUCUUUCUUGGGCGCCAAUGAUCAAUUCAAAACAUCAUUUCUGGAACACUCAGGAAUAUUUCCCUACAAGUUGUUUUGUGCUUUGCUUUGUGGCGCCGGAAAAAUUCGUGAUGCUCUUUAUGUUGAGGAGUUGAGUCGAGCUAGAGGUCUAUCAGACUUGAUGACAGAGAAGUACUCUGUUGAAAGGCACAUCUCUGCUAAUCCACAAUCUUGGUUUGGUAUUGAAAACAUUUUUAGGAAGAAAAAUAACUGUACCUAUCUGUGCAUUUCUUAUUUUCACAAUCAUCUGCAUUUGUGGAUCUUGAAAACAAGUGGAGUCCUUCUCUAUAAAGGAUUAUCACUAAAAGAGAAUCUAGUUGAGGCUGGGUUGCCCAAAGAUUUGCCUCUGAGUGAAGUUUUGGCUGAUAAUUUCCGGAAUCUUGGUAUUUUGCCCAUUGAAGAUUGUGAGGAUCGGUCUUUAAAUAUGGUUGAAUUGCAACCUCUCUCCCCCGAACAAAAGAGCUCAGCAAGACUGCUGCUCGUAGAGGAGGAGGACAGGGAAGUCAUUUCAAGUCUAUCUUUGUGUUACAAAAUGUUUAUUGCUCCCGUUUAUGAUUUGCUUGAGGAGCCUGAAGUCGUUAUUGUUCCUGACCGCAGCUUAUACAAAGUUCCCUUUGCUGCCCUGAGUGAAAAGGAGGGAGCCGAAUACCUGUCGGAGACUCAUAAGAUCCGUAUCAUUCCUUCUUUGACGACACUCAAGAUCAUUCAAGAUAGUCCAGAGGACUAUCACAGCAACAAUGGUGCCUUGAUAAUAGGCAAUCCCAAGGUCGAUUGGUUGCUGCCAUUGCCAGGUGCAAGAAAGGAAGCGGAGAUGGUCGGACGACUGGUGGGUGUUCCGCCUCUGGUAGACGAGAAAGCAACGAAGCAGGCGGUACUUGAGCGGAUAAGCUCCGUGAGCCUUAUACAUUUUGCUGCCCAUGGCAACGCCGAAAGGGGAGAAAUUGCCCUCUCCCCCAUUCCUACUGCCAACAGUCGAAACGCUAACCUAUCACAGGAAGCUUACAUGUUGACGAUGGCUGAUGUCUCACAAGUGAGAGUCAGAGCUAAACUAGUGGUACUUAGCUGCUGUCACAGUGGAAGUGGAGAGAUAAGAGCCGAGGGAGUUAUAGGAAUUGCCCGUGCGUUCUUAGGAUCCGGUGCUCGAUCGGUGUUGGUUGCGCUGUGGGCCAUUUCAGACUCAGCAACAGAGAAGCUGAUGAGUCGGUUCUACGAACACCUCGUUGAAGGAGAAAGUGCCAGUGAAUCCCUUCAUCAGGCCAUGAAGUGGAUGAGAAAAAACGGCUUGACCAAAGUGUCUGAGUGGGCUUCGUUUACGCUGAUUGGAGAUGAUGUGAGGCUCACAUUUGACAAACAGAGGUAA